AUGAAUUGCGGCGAAUCUUUCUCUAUCUCUCUCUCGCUUCAUGUCUCUCUCUCUUUCUCUCUCUCCCUUUAUUUCUCUCUCGCUUUCUUCUCAUCUCUCUCUUUCUCUCUCUCUUUCUCUCUCUCUUUCUCUCUCUCCUCCCCUCUCUCUACUUCCCUCACCCUUUUUCUCUUUCUUUAUCUAUCCCACUCUCUUCCCUUUCCCACACAUUUCAUCUCCACACUCUUGUGCCUGGGUGGACGAUUAGAACUGUGUCUGCUUAGAGACUUCAUUCUUUUUUACAUCUUUAUCUAUCUAUCUAUCUAUCUAUCUAUCUAUCUAUCUAUCUAUCUCAAUCUGUUCAUAUCUACCUGUCUAUCGAUCGAUCGAUCUAUCUAUCUCCGUUCAUAUCUAUCUACCUAUCUACUUCAGUUGGUUCAUAUCUAUCUAUCUCAGUCUGUUCAUAUCUAUCUAUCUAUCUAUCUAUCUAUCUAUCUAUCUAUCUAUCUAUCUAUCUAUCUAUCUAUCUCAGUCUGUUCAUAUCUAUCUAUCUAUCUAUCUAUCUAUCUAUCUAUCUAUCUAUCUAUCUAUCUAUCUAUCUCAGUCUGUUCAUAUCUAUCUAUCUAUCUAUCUAUCUAUCUAUCUAUCUAUCUAUCUAUCUAUCUAUCUCAUAAGUGCAAUUCUCGCUCUCUUCCCGCCGAAAUAUGGUACCGUUACCAAACUUAG